UUUUUUAAGAAAGAAAGAGACUGAAAAAGACUGAAGGCAAAGGAGAAACAGAGCGCUUAGACGGGGAGGAGCAGACACUUUGAAAACGAUGUGAGAAAAGAGUCUGCAGGAUUUAUGACUCAUUCAGAGACUGAAGAAAAAGGUGAAGAUAGCAAAAGAAAAGUGUUAAGGACAAGGACUGUUGCGAAAUCAUAUAUUUAACUCGGCUUCUAAACAAAUUACAGUUUGAUGGAGGAUAAAAACACACUGGAUUGCUGCGCUCACACACCUCUCUGCACUUUCACACACAUUUAAAGUGCAGCUGUGCUGAAGUCUCUGCAGGAGGAAUAUUGAUGCUAAAUGAUCCCUGAAGUUGUCACCGCUCAGACACCAUGAUGACCUCUGCCUCUACGUUCCCUUUCACUCUUUCAGCCUCUAACUCCUCUCUUCCUAUCUCUACUUCAUCCCUCCCUGUUUCGAUGUCAUCGACAUUUUCUGCGACCUCUUUUUCCCCUUCCUCUUCCUCUUUCUCCACCUCCACCUCUUCCCCAAACCAGACUGUGUGUUCGUUUGAUGACACAGCCCUCCGUCUGCCCCUGGCCGUUGUAUACUCCCUUUUCUUCAUCUUUGGACUCAUCGGUAACCUCUUCGCCCUGUGGGUCUUCCUGUUUCUUCACUCUAGCCGUAACUCUGUGCGUGUGUUUCUCAUCAACUGUGCUGUGGCUGACCUGGUCCUCCUGGCAUGCCUGCCCUUCAGAGUUUUCUACCACGUCAACGGAAACAAGUGGGUGCUGGGCUCUGUGGCCUGCAAGAUGGUGGGCAAUCUGUUUUACAUGAACAUGUACAUCAGUAUAACUUUACUGGGGCUCAUCAGCUUGGACAGAUACUUGAGGCUGAGGGGGAAAGGCAAGGCACGGAGAGGCAUGAGGAUGAUGGUGUUGGGGCGCAGCCGGCCGUGGAGCUGGGCGGCGUGCGGGCUCCUGUGGGGUCUGUCUCUGGUGGGGCUGGUGCCCAUGAUUUUCACCGCAGAGGACAAAGAGUUCACCGGCGAAUGCUUCCAGUUCAAGCAGCGGAGCAGCAAAGCCAAAGGGAAGGCCUACUUCAACGGGGUGCUGGUGCUUCUCUUCUGGCUCGUCUUCGUCAUGCUCGUGGUCUCCUAUGCCAAGAUCGCCUCCCAGCUCCUGAGGGUGUCCCGGGACAAGCCGGACCUUCCCAACGCGCAGAGAUACGAACGAACCGCCAAGAAGUCCUUCUUCGUCCUCUUUCUGUUCACAGUCUGCUUCGGGCCCUACCACGCCUUCCGCCCCGUCUACAUCUUCUCCCAGCUCAGCGACACGGUCUCUUGUGACUACUUACAGAUUGUGGACCGCACCAAUGAGGUGAUGCUGUUAUUCUCCGCCUUCAACAGCUGCUUGGACCCUGUCAUGUACUUUCUGUUAUCCGGCUCCGUGCGCAAAACUGCCCUGCAAGCGCUCGGACACCGUUUGGGCAACCGGUUUCUCUUCCUAAACGACGCAACGUCCAACAGCUCCACAGAGUUCAGACGAUCAUCUGUGCAUAUGCCGUUACCCAACUCUCAGCUCAACACGCCCUCAGUGACCCCCAGAACAAGUAUCUGUGUCAUGAACUCCACCAUGCGCCGCACAGGACUGACCACACUGCCAGUCACUGGCCAACAGUGAUCACACAGCAAAUAAUGCAAGAGAGAAAUAUCACAGACUGGUCGGGUAAUUCUCUGUAAAAUUGAGCAAAGCAUUUUCACACAUAUCUACUUCUAUUGUUAAAAAAAUAAAUGUGGUUUCUUUGACUUCCGAGCUGUGACCGUGUUGUCUUCUGAGCACCUGUGCUGCGUGGGAAUCAUUGUUAAAAUUCUAGUUGUAAUGCCUGAGUGAAGAACCAACCUGCAGUUAUGUCUGAGGAGAUGCACUUCAGUGACUUUGUGUUCCCAAUAAUAAAUGGUGUACGUGCGUUUUCCAUCAGAGAGAAAGCUAAUGUAAAUAUAAGUAUAUCUGAUGUGAACAAAUGUUGCCAUCUUUUCUUAAAAAAAUCUAGUUGCAGUUUUAACAUUAUCUUGUCUAUUUCUAAGUAGAGAGAUUUAUAGAAAGACAAAAACACCGGAUUUAAAAAUAUCUUUCCUGCCUCACACCUCACACACAGCUCUCUCUGCUUAGAUACCACAUAAGCUAAAUGAAAUAAUGCAUGCUCAGUUGAUCUGUCCAUUUAACUUGUUUCACAUCUGCAUAGCUGCAGAUAAAGAUUAGACUAGACUAACAUUAGGAAUGCACCAUUACUGAUACUGAUAUCAGGAUGAUACUGAGUCAAUAGCCCAAUCUAUUCACUUCAAUUCCUGAGUAUUGUUAUUUAUUAUUUACAUUUUUAAAAAUCAGUAAAUAUAUAUCUAAUGUUGCUUGACAUGUAGAAUGAUCCCAGUCAUGUUUUUAUCCAAUAAAAUAU